UCAAUAGACAUGUCUGUCUGAACAAAACUACAUUUUCGAGUUGUAGCCUCAAAAUAACUGGACAGCCUGUCACUCUAUGUGUGCACCUAGUUCAAAAAUAAGAGCUUUAGGCGAUUCUUGCAUUAGUUUGAUUUUUAUGCAUUUUGCCAAAUUCAUCCAGAUUCAGGAAUCGUGUUUCCUUGCAUACAUGGAGUAGCUCGGUGUUGGAGCUUCGUAUUUCGAGAAUGCGAGCCAACCCUUCCGGUAUCAAGCUGUAGUUUCAGAUACCUACAUUUGGCGUGGUAUACAAAACUUUUCUAGAGGUUUCUUUCUGCAUAAGGAAAGGCCACAGUGGCACCAUCUGCUGUUGGAAAUAGUGCUCUGGUUGUGUUUGUGCAUGGCAGCCCUCUAAAGCUUCCCUGUGGUUAAUGAAUAACCAAACAGGAUUGGCAGAAAUCAGAUCUCUUCUGUUACAUAAGGCUAUAGAGCAGUUAGCUUGCUAUCCGUUUACAAAGAGAGGCUAUCCUGCUAUUUUUAUCUUGUGAGGAAAUCAGAUGACAAACAUCGAACUAUUUUUAGCAUAAAAUACAGGUGAUACCAGAAAUAGAUUUUUCUGUUAGUCCUUCACUGUUUAAGACAGCCUACACGCCAAUGAAUGAUUCUUCAUGAAAAGGUGACUGUGCAAUGGAGGACUCCAUUGAGGUGAUUCUGCAAGACCAUGCCAAGGUCUUUCUUACCACCAGCUCCCAUCCCAUGGUGUCAGCCUGCACAGGCGCUGUGCUCACAGGCCUGUAUGGAGUCUGGAGCCUAUUUGUUCUGCCUGGCUUUCGCAAAGUCCCCUGGAAACUCAAGGUGCCUUAUCUACCGUCCAGUAAAGAUCAGACACUGAACGUUAUGAAGCUGCUUGAUGGACGAACAGGCCGCUUAGCAGAGCUUGGAUCAGGAGACGGAAGACUGGUGUUUGCAGCUUCUUCAGCUGGUUUUCAGUGCACAGGGUUUGAGAUUAACUCUAUUUUGCUGACAUAUGCAAGGAGUAAGGCAUGCUGGACAGGAGUGCCUUCAAGCCAGGCAACCUUUGUUAAAAAAGACUUCUGGAAGACAGAUUUAUCUUCUUACAACAAUGUGACAGCGUUCCUUUCUCCAGGAGUGAUGGGGGUUUUGGGGGAGAAGCUGUUAAAGGAGCUUCCUGAUGAUGCCCAUGUCAUCGCUUGUCGUUUUCCUUUCCCUGACUGGCCACAACAGUCAGCUGUCGGAUCCGGUCUGGACCAGACUUUUGCUUAUGACAUAAGCAGUGUGCGCUCACACCUGAAAAAAAUGCCUGACACAGUGUGUGUGUAAUAAGCCCUACUGGUGUGAUGAAAUUGGUGUUAGCGACUGUUGUCAGUUUUAUCUCUUGUAGGGAGUGAUGCUUUUGAAAGAUGUCUUUGAACAUUGAAAGGAUGAGGGGGACUAUGGCUAAGCCAAGAAGAUGUGAUUCUAACAGCAACCAAGCCCUGCUGUAUUUUUUUAAUCUUUACACUGCCAGAUCACACUGAGCCUUUUCCAUACUGCUGACAGCCUUUUUGUAAACACAAAAAAUCACUGCUGUCUGAAAUACUGCUUUGACUUUUGAUUUGAGUCUAACAGCUCUUCCUCUCUAAAUGAUAUUACUAACAUAUCAAUUCUAAUGAACAUCCAUUGAGGGAAGCUACAGGAAAUGUAACAAGGUUUGUUUUAGCAUGUUUUUCUUUAAGAAGUGUGAUUUUUUUUCUUUUGGUUGGGCUAUAAUUGGACUCAUUUGUUGCAUUUAUUUUCCAUUAUUCAGAGAUGUCCUUAAAUGGCCCCAUGAUUAGUACUUUUAUCUUAGUCACCUGACCUUUAAGGGUCACAUGGAAUGAGCAUCUGAGCAGAAAAACUGGCAUUCUAUUUGGUUUUAUGUGUAACCCGGUUUGGGAUUGUUUAUUUUCAGAAGAAAAAAAACCCCCUCAAAAUCCAAUAAAUAUUUUGUGCACAUCACUUAAAACUGUCUUAUUGUAGCACAACAAUUGACUGUCCUUUUUUAUUUUGUAUUAAUCUAAUGUUCAUACACCAGGUUCAUUGCACUACUAAUACUCUUAUCAAAUAGUUUCAUUAAGUCCUAUAUAAAGUGGUGGACAGUAACAAAGUAGAUUUACAUGAGUACUACUUAAGUACAUUUUUUCAGUAUUUGUACUUUACUUCAGUAUUAAUUUUUGGGGAAACUUAUUACUUUUACUCCACUACAUUCAGAGGACAAUUAUUGUACUUUUUACUCCCCUACAUUUCUAUCAAUUCUCUAGUUACUCACUACAUUUGCUUUGAAGUCAGCUCAUGAAUUGCCUUCUCUUUUCUGAAAUCUGAUCCCUAAGACAGUAAAAUGGGUUUUUGUAGUUCUGUUUGUCUCCGUGGUUUAGUCAUACCUGUAUAUCAAACACUCACUCAGAUCAGGCAGUUCAUUUAGAGUUGGUAAUGAUGGCUAUAAUUCUCCACCUGAGCACCCAUGCCCAUAUCUUCAGUCCUUGUUAGAGGUUUUUGAAAUGAAGAAUGAUACGGAUCGUUUGAAAUGUUCACCUUGUUUCCCACUCUGCCCAAACAUACAAACAUUCACAGUCCAACCUGAGAAAGCCUGUUGAGCUACGUAACAUUUGUUUCAUUCCAGAUGAACAUUUCAAACUAAGUUGUUUGUGCUUGAACUUAGACUUAGUAACUUAGUUUCUGUUUUUAUUCCAUGGUAUAGUUUAUAGUUUUAGAUUUCAAGUAAUAGUUUCUAAAUAGACAUAAUUUAACAGAACAUGCUCCUAUGUAUUCUUGACUGCACUUGUGUAUUGUGAAAAUACAAUGUUUUGAAAAAGUACUUUGAAUACUUAAAAGCAAGUACUUCAGUACUCCAACUCAAGUAAUUAUUUGACAGGGCAACUUUCACUUGUAUUGGAGUAAUGUUUGACCUGGUAUAUCUAUACUUGACUGACUUAAGUAAUGAUGCUGAGUACAUUGUCCAUCGCUGCCUAUGUGUCAGUCCCAAAUCCCUAUGUACACAAUAUAAACUUGAGUCAUGGUUUUAA